AUGGUAGGUGUUUUUGGUUGGUUGGUAAAAUACGGUUUUGCGUUGUGCAAUUGUCUUGUUUUCAUAUUUGCUCAGGCCGGCCCGGUUGGAAAAUUUUUGAACCUACUUUUAAAGCCAGGCCCUCGGGGUGGAUCUAUCUUUUAGGCCCGGCCUGUUUCAACUUUAGCUCAAGAUCGGUCUAGCGUAAUCUUAUGGCCGGGCUGGGCUUACAGGGCUCUUUUUUCAUCCCUAAUGGCGACAUUUUGAAAUUCCAGUUCCACUCAACAACAAACAACGCCUCUUCGGGUUUGGCGGGUAAGGCAAUGCGACACUACGCCGUCCCAGCCUAUACCGGCUCAAGUUCUCCACAGCUGUACGCUGUACAGCCUCAGUAUCCUCAAUAUUACUUUGGUGAGUUUAAAAUUGAUUCAAGAAAAUUAACUUUGAAAUUUUUUUUAAUUUUCAGAAGUUUUUCAAAAAAUUUUUUUUUGAAAUUUUUAAAAAAUUAAAAAAAUUAAAUUUUAAGUUUUUCUUUUCAAUUUUAUAUGACACAAAAGACUCAUUUUAAAUACAUUAGGUGCAGUUUCAUAAAUAUUUGAUACUUUUUUUAAUGUUAAAAUAAUUGUGCGUCUAAUUUCAAAAAUUUAUUUUGGUGGGGGGCACAGAAUUAUUUGAACAACAUAAUAAAAAAGGUAAAAAAUUUGGUACCUUAUCUAAGGCUGCUCGCGUUCAUAAGGUAGCAAGAAUGGGUAUAAAACCGGGUUUUAUGAAUCUUAACGAUGAUAAUGUGCUAAUGAAAAUGGUUUUUAACUUUUUUAAAAUUUAACCUUAACUUUGAUUUCUAAAAAUGUGAUACUUAACAUACUAAAAAUGUUAGUUUUAUACCUAAAAAAAACACUAAAAUGUUGCUUUUAAAUCUCUACAAAUGAGAUUUUUUGGCUUAAAAAUCAUUAAGUGUUAGAUUUUUGAUCCUAAAAUUGCUAAAAAUUGGUUUUUUGGCCAAAAAAUCACUCAAAAUGAGCUUUUUUGGCAAAAAAGUGAGUAGCUUUUUGACUUAAAAACUAGUUUUUUUUGGUUGGAAACUUACUAAAACAACGAUUUUUUUACCUAAUCUUAACCCUAACCCAAUAACUUAUACAGGACCUCAACCUACGAAUCCAUGUUUAUUACCUCAACAAGUCGGCACCGGGCCCUACCGUAUCCCACGAUGGUAUUUCAAUCCGGCUCGACAGGCCUGCGAGCUGUUUUACUGGUCGGGUUGUUGUGGUAACAGUAAUAACUUUCAAACUUACCACGAUUGUCAGAAGCGGUGUGAAGGUAAAUUUUGGCAUUUUAACUUACAAUUUGAUGUUAUUGUAGGUUACGGUACUUAAAUUUUAAAAAAUUUGAAAAAAAUAAUUAUCGACCGGUUGAUAAAUUUUUGAGUAUUUUUUUUUGAUUGGUGAAGUUUUACAAUGGUAUGUGGGCUUUAUUGUUCAUAAAUAAUUAAAAAUUAUAAAAAAAUUAUCGACCGGUCGAUUAUUUUUUUAUGUUUUUUGAAAAAUUCAAGUACUUUUAAGGUAUGCGGACGUUAGGGCCAACUUAACAUAGUAAAAACUACAUAUUACUGUAAUAGGAUACUGUAGGUAACAUAAAUAUCAUUAACCUACUGAUGUAUAGCCAACAUACCAUAACAUACUCUACUAGUCCCAUAUAAACAUGGCUAGCAGUGUACCAAUCUAAUCAUGAAAACCUACUAAAUUUAGGAGGCAACGCCGCCAAACCUAAUACUGUGGUAUUUGUGCCGUUUACACUAACAUUUACAAUGAAACCGACUGGUAAUAGUAAUCUGAAACCGCUCCCAACUGCGCCCACCGCCAGUUGUCCGCCCAACGAAUGUCCGCCUGGCCAUGUCUCGGUACCACCAACUCCAUUGAUACAAGUACCACAAGUGGCACCAUCUCCACGCCCACCAGUACCAGUUGGACAACGGGUAGGACCAAAUGGGCAAAUAGUACCAAGUUCACCAUUGCCAGUACCAGGUGGGCCAAAUGGAGUACCAGUAGUGCAAAGUGGACAAGGUGGACCAGUACCACAAAGACCCGUUUUUCCGCCGCGGGUAGAACCAACCUUUGUACCAGUAACUGCGGCUCCAGUAGCACCACCUAUACAGUUAAGGCCUAUCAUUCCGGUUCCAGGUAAGUGGGUGUAGUGAUGAUCAAUUCUGAAGUUGACGUAUUUUACUAAUUUUAAAAUUUCAAUUUUUUUUGAAAAUUUAAAAAAUUUUUAACUAACCCCUUUAGUGAAUGCAUGCGAGUUCGAACUCGAUCAAGGUGUGGGUUCAAUGGAACUAAUGCGGUACUAUUAUAACAAAAAACUCCGCCUGUGCGAGGAGUUCAAGUAUCGCGGCCGCGGCGGAAACCGCAAUAACUUUUUAUCCUUACCUGAGUGCCGUAAUGUGUGUCCAGGUAAAUUUGAUGUGAUAACACUGAAUUCACCUGUUUGUAUCAGCACUGAGUUAUCACCAGUGUUUUGCCGGACCGGUCCGGAUGAGAAUUUUUUCGGUCCGGUCCGGUACGGCUCUAUUUUUUUUGCUCAGGUCCGGUCCGGUCCGGAAAAAAAAUUUUUUAUUUUUAAAAAGAGCCAAGAGCGCUAAAACUGCUUUCUUUAUGUUUAAAAACUCUUAAAAAUAUGUUUUAUUUGCAAUUUUUAAAACAGUUUUAUUAAAAUUAAAAAAUUUUCGGUCCGGUCCGGUCCGGCUUUAUUUUCUUUUGGUCCGGUCCGGACCGGACGGGUCCGGCAAAACACUGGUUAUCACAGAUGGCACAAUACAUUUCUUUGAAGAAAAAAUGAAAAGAUCAGAGCAAUGUUUUAUUAAACUUGAUGGUUAAUAUAAGAAAGGUCAUAACUUUUUUAAAAUCAAAUGAAUUUUACAAAAUUUGGCAGAAAUGUCAACUAGUAUACACUUCUACUGUGUGUAAACUUUUAUCGUGCUAGCUUAAAGUUGCUAUGAGUUCUGACCAAGUUUCUGGACCAAAGUCCUAACCAACUUGAUCGAAAAAAUUCAAAAAAUUAUAACUGAUAACCAGGCAGUAGCUAUUAUAAAAUUUAGCAAUUGGGCUUACAAGGUUCUUUUCUUACAAUAUUUUAAGUUUCAUUACGAUGGUUUUAGUUUUCUUUGGGUUAUAAUCAAAAUUAGAGACCAAAGUUAUAUUACACUAGACCUUUUGACCUUUAAACAGUCAUAACUUAUGUCAAAGUUUAUAAAAUAGCACAAAACUUUUUAAACACGUAAAAUACAAUUUAUUUUCACUAAAAACAUUAAAACCACACGGUAUUGAACAUGCACCUCCACAAAAUUAAAAACAAUUAAAUUCGCCUUCACUUUUUUCACGAUUUUUCACCAAAGCUCAAUUUUUUUUUUCAAAUUUCAUUUUUAUGUUCACAAAAUUUUUUAGAAAGCCCAUCCCCAUGUUCUUACGGAGAGCUGACACCAGCUUCUCAACCGCUACAAUGUCAACCCGGUUCGACAGUCGCUCAAACAUGUUCUGGAGAGCAGUUCUGCCACGUUGGAGCUUCGCCUCAAACUACUGUCUGUUGUCCGAAGCCGGGUAAGGGUUUUAAAAUGAUUUUUUUUAGGAUUGCUUUUUUGCGGCAUUUUGAGAAGGCUGAAAAUGAAAAUUUGAUUUUAGAGUGAGAAAAUUUUGACAUUAGGACCUAGUUCAUCGUAUUAUUUGGCGAAAAUUAUUUUUUUUUGGUCUUGAUAUAUCCAUCAUAAUACCAAUAAAGUAGAAGAAACUGUGAUGCUUCAACUCGUAUUUUACUUUAUUUUGCAUUUUUCACGCUUGUGUACCUAUUAUUUUUACUUUUUAAUUUAUCUUGUUUUUCAUCAUGGUUAAUAUAAAUAGUUUCGAGCUAAAACAUACCUUCUACUGCUCAUAAAACUUGUUUUUUAGCUGACGCAGAUCCCUGUAACCAACCGAUAAACAAUGGCAUUGGAAAUGCCAACUUACAAAGAUGGUAUUUUAAUUCAAUGGCGCAACAGUGCCAGCCAAUGCAAUACCGAGGUCUUCAAGGAAAUGAGAACAACUUCUUGACUCAGAAUGCUUGUCAAGUGCAAUGUCAAGGUAUGAUUUUACUUUCUGUUUUGUGUUUUAGGUCUAAAAAGGUUGAUUUUUGGAUUUUAUCGACGAUUUCACGAUAUAAAAAUAGACGAACGACUUGGAUAAUAUAAAUUUUUGUCAUAUUUCAAUGAAUUCUUAGCGAAUAUGGCAGAUAAUACGCUUAAAAGAAGCGGAAUUAUCUUUUCUAUCUUAAUUUAGUAAAUUCAACUAUAAUACUAAGUAUUCAUUAAACAUUUUAGUGAAUCCAUGUCGAGUAGGUAUACCCUUCCGAGGUCCAUCUGGUGGAUUGGCUUAUUGUUCAGCGAAUGAUGCAAGUGAAUGUCCAACAGGUUAUUACUGUCAUAUUGGUGGAAGUCCAGCUACAAGUGUCUGUUGUCAAGCUUUAGGUAAGGUUAUAAAUUGAAAAAUUGUUUGGCUUAUCUAAAGUAAUAUAAAUUGGUGUUUUUUCGUGAAAAUUAGGUUGUUUGGUUGUGCAUUUGUAUUUUAUCAUGUUUUUAGUAUUCAUUUGCUUUACUUUUUUAAUAAUUUUGUCGUGGUAUUGUUGUUGAAAAGCUUCAAAGUGAUGGAUUUGGAUAUUGUAGUAGAUAACAAACCUGACUUUUCAAAAAAAUUGAAAUGAAUUGCAACUUUAACUUAACCUAGCAUUAUUAGAAUGCUGAGUAUUGCUGUAUAUAACAGUGUGUUGUGUGAAUAACAAGUUUUAGAUGUGAAUCUGUGCAAAGAAUCAAAGGAAGAAGGCGAAGGUCUGGAAAGACUGAUCCGGUACUAUUUCGAUGUGGAGCGAAAAGAAUGUCUGCCAUUUGAAUAUAGAGGUUUUAAAGGAAAUCCGAACAACUUUAUGUCUAAAUUGGCUUGUGAAGUAAGUUGGAAUUUGAAAAAAUUGAAAAAAGGUUGUAGGUAUAGGGCCUUGUGAUUGAUUUGUUCAAAGUUUGAGUCUAAAGUUGAAGUUUUUUAAAAACUGAUUUAGUAGGCUUUGUAAAGCAUACAAUUUUCUAUGUUUACUGAAAGUUUUGAGUUGUUAACUUGAUUUAUGGCAAAGUUAUGAUCAAUUAAAACUGUCAAAAAUUGAAAAAAGCUCGAAUUUUCGUGGAAAAUGACGAUUUUUUCAUAACUUUGGGCUGUAACUUUGUUAAAACUCAAGCUUUCUUAACAAAACUUGAUGAUUACAAGCAUCGUUUUAUGCUUUUCUAAACGUAUAAUAAAGAUUGGGUAAUGCAUUUGUUAAAAAAUUUAAAAAAUGAAUUUCAGCGCCGCUGCCCAGUCUGGGUGAAUCCAUGCGCCAAAGGUCAGCCAAUUCUCGACCUUACCAACAAACCCGAACUUUGCCACCUAGCCAAACCAUGCCCACCAAACUACUAUUGUCAUAUCGGCUUCAACGACGACACUACAGUAUGUUGCCCAGCCAGUGCCGCCAACCCUUGUGUAGUACCGUACUCACAAGGCACCGGCAAUCACAUUAUUAACCGAUGGUACUUUAACAGCAUUUCAAGACAAUGUGAACGUUUUGUAUACAAAGGAAGUCACGGUAACGAGAACAACUUUCUGGUUCGAGAUCAAUGUGAAGCAACGUGCCCAUCGUUCGCGAACCCAUGCCCGACUGGAGAGCCACUAAUGGAUUCGAAUCAGAUUCGGCCAAGGUUUUGCGACGUCUUUGACGAAUUCAGCUGUCCUGACACGCAUUUCUGUCAUUUUGGGUUGACUAACAAGACUCAAGUGUGUUGUCCAGGGAAGGUGGAUCCAUGUUUGUUGGCACAGUCAAGAGGAGAAGGACAUAUUCCAGAGCCAAGAUGGUAUUUUGACAUUAGUCAGAAACAGUGUCUCACGUUCUUGUUCAAUGGCAUGAAGGGCAAUGGGGUAGGUAUGGGUAAAAUAUUAGAAAAAGAUUUAAGCUUAAAAACGAAUUUUUAGGCUUAAAGAUAAAAUUUAGGCCUAAAAGUGAAAUUUUGGUUUAAAAAUGAAAUUUUAGGCUUAAAAAAGAAAUUUAGGCUUAAAAAUGAAGUUUAGGCUUAAAGAUGCAAUUUAAGGCUUAAAAAUGAAUUUUAGGAUUAAAAAUGAAAUUUAGGCUUAAACAUGGAAUUUUAGGCUUAAAAAUGAAAGUAGGCUUAAAAAUCACGUUUACGUCUAAUAAUGGCGUUUUUAGAACAAUUUCGCUACAAAAGAAGCUUGUGAACGAAAAUGUCCAGUAUUCGUCGACCCAUGCCCUGAUUCUUUUUCAUUAAACGUGAAUGGAAUCGAAUACCAUCCAAGUGUUCACUACCAAAAGUGCAGUGUAUUGGCACCGAAUUCAUGUCCAGUCGAUCAAUGGUGUCAUAUCGGGGAAGAUGCUAGUACUACGCUUUGUUGUCCUAACGGUAGGUUUUUGAAUUUUUUUAUUCUUAUCUUACCCCUACCUUUCCCUUCACUUCUGCUUUACUUUUAUCCCUACUCUUUCCGACCUUACUCUUCUCCAGUUACCCUGCCCUACAGUCGCCACCAGGGUAAAUGGAAUAUUUCUUUCUAUUUUUCUUUGCUUAUUACCUUAGGGGUUUUAAAAAUUUUUAAGGCUUAAACAUUUUUGGUUUACAAUUGUUUUUAAGGCUUAAAGGUUAUUUCUGGGCUUAAAGGUUAAUAAUUAAAAGAGACUUUCUGAGACCGUGAAGCAUCCUGUAACAGGCAUGUGCACUAGAAAUUUACCCCUGUUUUUAUUUGCUAAUUCCAUGAGAUAGACGGUUUUAAGGUAUGUGGUAAAGUGAUUUCGGAAAAAAUGCCAUUUUGGCACUUUUAUGCCAUUUUUUGUUAACAUACUGUUAAAAUAUACCAAAAAAUCAAUAGUCCGCCAAAUGUUCUGAAAAUUUGUACACUUACGUUUUUGACCAUGCCAAAAAAUAUUGUAAUUGAAAAUUUUUUUCUAUUGGUACCGUAACCCACCGUAAUCCGACCGGUCGAUUAUAAAACUGCAAAUAUCUAAAAAGUUAACACGGAUCUUCAUAGGCAAUUUUUGUAUAUUUAGAAUCUCCAUGA